UCUCUCUCUGCCCCCUCUGCCUGGCAAGCGUUGCCCAGCUAUGGGAACCUUUGACCUAUGGACAGAUUACCUGGGUUUGGCACGCCUGGUGGGGGCUCUGCGUGGGGAAGAGGAGCCUGAAACCAGGCUGGACCCCCAGCCGCAGCCAACUCCAGGAGCAGAGGGUCAGACACCCAGCCUGGAAUCGUCACCAGCUCCUGAACGCCUGUGCUCCUUCUGCAAACACAACGGCGAGUCCCGGGCCAUCUAUCAGUCCCACGUGCUCAAGGAUGAGGCGGGCCGGGUGUUGUGUCCCAUCCUGCGUGACUAUGUGUGCCCCCAGUGCGGUGCCACGCGUGACCGUGCCCACACACGCCGUUUCUGCCCGCUCACCGGCCAGGGCUACACCUCUGUCUACAGCUACACCACUCGCAACUCAGCUGGCAAGAAGGUGUCCCGGCCUGACAAGGCAAGGAUGCAAGAUCCAGGGCAUCGCCGAGGCGGCGCAGGAGCUGCAGCGUGUGCAGGUUCCAAAGGUGCUGGGAAAUCAGCUGGAUCUUCGCCCUCUUCCUGCUGCCCCUCCACGUCUGCCUAGGAGACUGGUGCAGGGAGGAUGGAGAUGCUGCCUUCCCCUGGUGUGGGGACCCAGGCUCCAUGGAGGAUGUAUUUUGGGGGAAGAUCCACCUUGCAAGGACCUGGCCCUGGGCCCUUGCCCCAGCCUGGAGGCCUGGUAAGAGAGCAGGGCCUGGGAGCACAGCGGAAAGCGCCCCCAUGAGGAAGGAGGUAGCCCUCAGAUCCCCUGGCCCUCCCUCCCCAGCGCUGGGCGCCCAGUCAGCACUCAAUAAAUGCUUACGAAUGGA